AUGGUUCAGGGAAGUCCAGAAUUAAUGCCUGUAUACGAAUUCGAAAUACCUAAUACUUUAGUAGGGCUGAUUAUUGGCAUCAAAGGAAAAACCAUCAAGGUUUUAAUGGAAACCCAUCAGAUUUGUGCUGUCGAAGGUGCUCGUGAGAAUAUUAACAGGUGUUUAAGAAUGGUACGGCGUCGUUUUCCGGUUGCUCGCUUUCCGGAAUUAAAUUUGAGACCUGUGUUGCCACCGCCAUUUCCGGAUCCACCACCAGCAUUUUUCGCACUGAAGCCUAUUCAGGUCUUUUUUUUUUAUUUUCCAAAUCUUUUUAAUUUUUUAGUCGUUCUGUCUAAUUUAUCACUUCAUCGUAGCUUUCAUCUGUAA